CUGAGCCUCCAUCGAGUAAGGAGCUUUCUCGCCAUCCUUUCCACUUCGCCUCACUCCCUCGCUCGCUGCGCUGCCGGAAUCUCACGUCUUAGUAACGGAGCAGCAUUUCUUCCCUCCCGGUGCCUCGUCCAAGCUGUGUCUUACGUUCCAGCCGUCGAGAAGUUCUUAUUUAUAGGUGUUAAGAAGUUUUUGUUUAUAUCAUUCAAGAGGAGAGUUCUGGGCCCCGAGAACCGCCCUUGUCUCGCCCGUCUUGGGAUUGUGAUGGCACCGUGAGGGAGGGAGGAGCAACCCGUCGUGCCCGUGACCUCAAAAUGUCCUCAACUUUGCUGUGGUUCCUCCUGGUGGUGACGGCGACGCUGGUGGCCGGGGAGGAGACAGAGACGGCGAAGGUCGGGAAAGAUGACACACAUGAUAACUCGACCGUCCUGUCUCCCGCUGAAGAGCUGCUGCAGGCUGCUAGGAAGGCUGGAUACGAACUCACACUGGAGAGGCUGGACGAGGCAGUGGCAGCCAGUGAUGAGCAGGUGAACCAGCUGAUGCCGGCCCCCGUGGCUGAGGCGUUCAUCAGCCUGAGACGCAAGGACAACAUUGACGUGAUUAGAGAGAAGAUGAUUGGAAUGAUCUUCACUGGACAGCCCCAUGCCUUGGGCCCCGCACCACCGCGUCUUCCUCACCAGAUGGGAGGUCCGCCUCUCUCCCGCCGUCACCACGUCCCUCCCCGCCCCCACCCGAACCACCCUCCCCGCCGGCCCCACUCUCCUCCAUCCUCCUCCAACAGACGAAACCCCUUCUCGAGGUUUCACGUGCAGUUCAACCCGCAAGGUGAGGCCAGCAUCCAGAGCACCAGAAAGGUGCCGUCGCCGCAAGAAAUCCUGAAGCCGCUGCCAUUCGAGCCUGGCCCCACAAUGGUCAAGUUCCCGCCCCACCACCCCUCCCCAGCCCCCGGCCCACCGCGCCAAAAUCCCGGCACCCCAAGCUUCUCGAAACCCGUAGAAGACUUCAGCAACACUGUUGGGCCAGACUUCGGCCCCGUCACCUUCACGGAGUUCGGGGGACCAAACUUCGGCUUCCAGAACAACUUUGAAAAUGACUUCGGAGAGUUCAGCUCCGAGAAGCUUCACCCAAGGCCCCCGCGACCCUCCCCCGGGCCGAGGCCUUCCCCACCCGGAGCCAGACCCCCGCCACAGUCAUCCAAGCGUCCUCCCACGCCGCACAGAUCCCCACCACGCCCAGCUCCUCCUAGACCCGCCUCACGCCCGCCCUCCCGCCCACCGCCCCGCACUUCCUCCCGUCCACGCCCGAGUGGCUUCAGCAACAGCGGAAUUCUAGACGCCAGGGGUGAGGGCUGCGUCAAGUACACAGAAGACAUCUGUCUGGACAGCGAGAAAUACCCGCACGAAGCCAUCCUGUCGUCACUGGCACAUGAUCCCGCCCGGGCACGCAGCAUGGUAGCCGAGGUCAGGUCACAGAGCGCUGACGAUCUUGUGGACGGCGUGUCGGCGGCACAAGAAUCCAAAUACGACUUCCACCAUUACUUUGGCAACAGACGCACGGGGACUGACAACCACGUGCACCGAGACUUCGCACAAGACGGUGGCUUCCUCUGCCCCUCGGAGGUGAAAUACGCCAGACCCAAACGCGCCAGAAACUCCAAGGGUGACUGGAAAUUCGUGGUCAACAUGGACAAGUACACGCAGACGAUACGGAUGGAAAAGUGCCUGAAGGCGGGCGGGGCGUGCAGCUACGUGUCACACCACUACCGAGCCACGUGUAACCAGGUGUACAACUACCACCGUCUGCUCUCAUGGGAGGAUGGCAGAGGACUCCACAUGGAUAUCUUCAAGGUCCCCACUUGCUGUUCUUGCCACAUCCAGGGCUAUGCGUAUAUCUUCCCGCCACUAAGCCGACACCAGAACACCGCCUUUUCGAAUGUCAACCCUCAGUAUGUGCCCGGCCCCACAGACCUCGAGGCCCCAGGUACCAAGGAGGAAGAGAAGGAGGAAGGGAAAGCUUUCAGUCCCGUCAACUUCCCCAACGUUCCUCACAUCAACCAGAGGAGACGACCUGCGCCACGCCCUCCCCACAUCAACCCCACGCCCACCAAGGAGAUAACAAGACGGACGCAGGAGGUUCAGAAGGAAGGCGAGGCUGGGAAUCAAAGGCCGAAAGGUGGCAGGCGGCCUCCGAAUGGCGCGGAAUUAGAGGAAGACAGAGUGAAUUACGGCUACCACCCCAUCAUUGAUUUCUUCGAUCAGUACAGUCCUGAAGAACGCCAAAGAUAAGAGUGUCGCAGACUGGACUGAGAUGUAGAGGGAGAGUGAAAGACUGGAGAAGCGAAAGGAAGCAUGAAAAAGAAAAAAUUUGUAUGAUAAAUGGUGAAUGCUGCGAAGGAAGAGGUGAAAGUUAAAGAUGAAGGAAAGUUUUAGAGAAAGAAAGGAAGAAGAGAUAAUGAAAGAAGCGUCUCUCUUCAUCUGAUCUUUUUCACUCUUUCCCUCUCCCCAUGCCUCGUUUUAUUCUGGUGGGUCCGUGUUCCACAUUUAUUUAUUGAAUUCCUUCUGUUUACGAGACAUUUAUUUCUCAGCUGUUGUAGGAGAAACUUUUUGUUAUUGUUAUUGUUGUUGCAAACUUACCUUUACGACCACAGGACUGUUAUUUAUUUACGUAUAAUUGUUGGCCGCGAACUCUUUUGUUGUUACCGAUUUCCUGAUCUUGCCUGUUUCCUUUUAUUGUACCUGUUGAAGAGAUUGUUAUUUGUGAUUAAAGUCUUCCGGGACACGAUGAAUUUAGUAUGCAACCACCUACACCCUAUAACCAUUCUUUAAAAUCAAUUAGCAUAAAACAAACCACUCAUUAUCACGGAAGACGCCGAUCCGUGUCUUGAAACUACGUGCAGUGAGAUUGAAGCACACAGGAGUGGUUCACGAGGCUGUUUCAGAUGUGUACGAGGGGAAGGCAAGGGAGAGGCAAGCACAGUCUCCGGUAGACCAGAUAGAGAGGAGGAAAUAUGUUCUCUGCGGCUGCUAAAAGGAGGCGUGGCGAUGAAGGCCCAGAAGAGGUGAACAUGGGCGCAGCGGAUGCCUCGGCCGCCGACGAUGACUUCGCUGCCUCCACAAGAACCUCCAACAACAACACGCUUAGAUAUCGUUCCAUUUCGCUGCCUGGCGUGACUCAUCACGGAGACUCCUCCCGCGCCAGCACCUCCUCCAUGACUCUCCUUUCGCCCACCUCCCAUACUCGGCCUGACGAUACUGACCCUAGAUCUGCUCCGACCUCUCCGGCAAGGAUGCCAGCCCCUGAAGGAGCAAAGGCCCAGGAACCCGUGCAAGCCUUUUACAAACCUAAUAAUCCCUACCUGAGGAUGUAUGUAGCCGGGAGCAACAUUCCGAUGGUCAUGUACCCCAGAGGCAGUACUGUCACCCAGGUCAGGUUCAAGCCUUCCAAGGAUCAGUAAUACUUUAAAGGGCCUAUGUAAGGAACUUGGCGCCUCACCGACAAGACAAAUUACUGUCGGAGUUUUAAGAUUUUAGAGGUUUUAAUCUGUAAUUAUAAUUUUAACAAGUUAUGAGCGCCUCGUUUUAGUUAACUAUUAUUUUUAAAGUAUGAUCCUGCCAAGUUUCUGUAACUAGGAGACAACGGCAACAAGCGUCAUGCACAGUUUAUCUUUGUACUUGACGUGAAUAAAACUUGUCUGUGUU